AUGGCACAGAACUUGAGAUCGAGCAGGUCGUCAUUUGGCUCUAGCAAUGGAUUUGAAGCCCCUUCAAACAGCUCCUUGUCCAUAUCGAACGCGGAAGAUUAUGAUUCCGAUGGUUCUAACUUUGCCCCGCCUACGCCGAAUACUCUGUCUUCAGUUAUGCCGCCCGAACUUGCUGGUGCUAUACCAUUGAUUGACAAGAUCCAGGUAGAGGGGUUUUUGAGGGCUAUGCAGAAGCAGAUACACUCGGCCGGUAGGCGUAGUUUCUUCUCUAAAAAGACAAUGGGCACUCAAGUUAGACAGAAGUUUAAUUUUGAGGACAUGUUGUGCUUCCAGAAGGAUCCUAUUCCGACCUCAUUGCUGAAGGUGAGUAGUGAUCUCGUUAGCAGAGCGGUUAAAUUGUUUCAGGUUAUCCUAAAGUAUAUGGAGGUUGAUUCUUCCGAACGAGUCACUCCGGCUAGCUUAGAUGAACGCAUUGAGCUUAUCAGCAAACUAUACAAGCAUUCUUUGAAGCGCUCAGAACUCCGGGAUGAGCUUUUUAUGCAAAUCUCGAAGCAGACAAGAAAUAAUCCCGACAAGCGCUCAUUGAUUAAGGCAUGGGAACUUAUGUAUUUAAGUGCGUCCUGCAUGCCUCCUGGAAAGGAAAUUGGUGCCUAUUUGUCCGAAUAUGUGCAUACUGUGGCACAUGGUGGCAGUAAUGAUACAGAAGUUCAAGUCCUUGCCAUGAAUACGUUAAAAGCAUUAAAGCGGUCUGUGAAGGCCGGACCUAGGCAUACAAUACCCGGACGUGAGGAGAUUGAUGCAGCUUUGACUGGUAAAAAGCUUACGACUAUAGUGUUCUUCUUGGAUGAAACCUUUGAAGAGAUUACAUACGACAUGACCACGACCGUAGCUGAUGCCGUUGAGGAGCUUGCUGGAAUAAUCAAACUAUCAGCAUAUUCCAGCUUCAGUUUGUUUGAGUGCCGUAAGGCUGUUGUUUCGAAAACACCUGACCCCGGAAAUGAGGAGCAUAUUGGUUUAGAUGAUAAUAAAUAUAUUGGUGAUUUACUUGCGGACUUUAAGGCGUCGAAGGACAGGAGUAGAGGAGAGAUAUUGCAGUGUAAACUUACAUUUAAAAAGAAAUUGUUCCGGGAGUCUGAUGAAGCUGUUACAGACCCGAUGUUCGUGCAGUUAUCAUAUGUCCAACUGCAACAUGAUUAUGUGUUGGGCAAUUAUCCGGUUGGAAAGGAUGAUGCUGCACAGUUAUCGGCUCUGCAAAUAUUGGUUGAAGUUGGAUAUGUUGUUUCUCCAGAGACAUGCACUGAUUGGACGUCGCUUCUGCAAAGAUUCCUCCCGAGACAAAUUGCAAUUACUCGAGCAAAAAGAGACUGGGAAUUAGAUAUUCUUUCUCGUUACCGCUCAAUGGAGAAUUUGACAAAAGAUGAUGCUAGACAACAAUUCUUACGGAUCUUGAGAACGCUUCCUUACGGGAACUCGGUGUUCUUUGCUGUUCGUAAGAUUGAUGAUCCCAUUGGACUCUUGCCAGGCAAAAUUAUUUUAGGCAUUAAUAAGCGUGGGGUUCAUUUCUUCCGCCCGGUUCCAAAAGAAUAUCUACAUUCGGCUGAGUUGAGGGACAUAAUGCAAUUUGGAAGCAGUAAUACUGCUGUUUUUUUCAAGAUGAGAGUUGCUGGUGUCUUGCAUAUAUUUCAAUUUGAAACAAAGCAGGGGGAGGAAAUCUGUGUGGCCCUUCAGACACAUAUAAAUGAUGUGAUGUUGCGGCGCUACUCCAAAGCACGUGCUGCUGCUCAUGGUUCAAUUAAUGGAAACUCCCCUGAUGUUGUUCGGCCUACUAUAGACAUCAAUGAGAAACGUAUUUCAAACUUGUCAAAAUCUCUUGAAGAAUCAGAGAAUAAAGUCAAUCAAUUGCAAGAACAGCUGCAUGAAAAGCAAAAUCAAGAACUAAAAAUGAAAGAAGACUUCGAGAGUUUGAAGGGCAUGCUGCGGUCUGAGAAAAGAUACUUGGAAGAAGUCAUCUCUGAACGUGACAAAUUGCGAGCUUCAUGUGAUGACAAAGAAUCGGCACUUCAGGCCGCAAUGUUGGAGAAACAAAACCUAGAAGUGAAGUUUGCAAAGCUGAAUAGUCAAGGAUUGGGGAGCAAUAUCAAGAAAGAGUUGGUCGAAACAAAUAAUCCGGUUCUGCGUAAGACUCAGGAUGAACUAAAAGCACGCAAUGCAGAGUUGCUUGUGGUAGAAGAAUCCAAAAGGAAAAUUGUAAAUGAGAAGACAUUACUCGAAGAAAGAUUUUUGAGACUUGAGAAGAAGUAUACUGAUGAGAUUGCUCUUAUUGAGAAAAGGUUUGAGCAUGAACGCAAGACUAUGAAGCAUCAGGUUAUCGAGCUUGAAAAGAAGUUGGAAGAGACCACACAAAACUUAAUCGUCGCACAAUCUGCUAUUGCCAUCAAGGACAAAGAUUUAUGUGCCUUGCAAAAUAAUCUCAAGGAACUUGAAGAGCUUAGAGAAAUGAAAGAGGAUAUCGACAGGAAAAAUGAGCAAACCGCUGCAAUAUUGAAGAUGCAAGGGGCUCAAUUAGCUGAGAUGGAGGCACUGUACAAGGAGGAACAAGUUAUGCGAAAACGGUAUUUUAACAUGAUGGAAGACAUGAAGGGCAAAAUACGUGUAUAUUGUCGAUUAAGACCCCUAAGUGAAAAGGAAGUAUAUGAAAAGGAGAAAAAUGUUCUUGCAAAUGUUGAUGAGUUUACUGUAGAGCACACAUGGAGAGAUGAUAGAGUGAAGCAACACAUGUAUGAUUGUGUUUUUGAUGGUCAAGCCUCGCAAGAGGAUGUUUUUGAGGAUACCAAGUACUUGGUACAAUCUGCUGUUGAUGGAUACAACGUGUGCAUAUUUGCCUAUGGGCAAACUGGUUCAGGAAAAACAUUCACAAUUUAUGGAUCUGAGAGCAACCCUGGGCUCACUCCACGAGCAAUAUCUGAACUCUUCAGAAUUAUAAAACAUGAUAGUAAAAAGUUUUCUUUUAGUUUGAAGGCAUACAUGUUGGAAUUAUAUCAAGACACCCUAAUUGAUCUCUUGUUGCCGAAGAAUGCUAAGCGUUUGAAAUUGGAAAUAAAAAAAGAUUCAAAGGGUAUGGUGGUUGUGGAAAAUGUCACAAUGUUAUCCAUUACAUCAUUCGAGGAAUUGAGAAGUAUUAUUGAGAGAGGAUCUGAACAACGGCAUACAACUGGAACCUUGAUGAAUGAACAAAGCUCAAGAUCACAUUUGAUACUCUCUGUUGUUGUUGAGAGUACAAAUCUUCAAACUCAAUCUGUUGCCAGAGGAAAGCUAAGCUUUGUAGAUCUUGCCGGGUCCGAAAGGGUGAAAAAAUCAGGCUCUUCUGGUAGUCAGCUAAAAGAAGCCCAAAGCAUCAACAAAUCACUUUCUGCUCUCGGAGACGUUAUUAGUGCUUUGGCUUCCGGUAAUCAACACAUUCCGUAUAGAAACCACAAGUUGACGAUGCUGAUGAGCGAUUCACUUGGCGGGAAUGCCAAAACGCUAAUGUUUGUAAAUAUAUCUCCUGCCGAGUCGAAUCUGGACGAGACCUACAACUCUUUAACGUAUGCUUCCAGAGUUCGGUCAAUUGUGAAUGAUCCGAGUAAAAAUGUUUCAUCGAAGGAAGUGGCUCGUCUGAAGAGGCUGGUGGCCUAUUGGAAAGAGCAAGCUGGUCAAAGAGGUGAUGACGAGGACUUGGAAGAAGUCCAGGAAGAACGGAUCCCUAGAGAAAAGUCCGACGGGCGACAUACAAUAAGAUGA